AUGUAAUUGUUUGGCGAAGCAUUAUCACAAUGCACAAAAUUAAGAAUUUUGAAGUUAAAUCUAUAAAACAAUUUAAUUGGACCUUACGGAGUAAAUGUGAUUAGUUAUGGAUUUUUAAACUAUAUAAAUUUAAAUAAGUUGACAUUGAAUCUUUAUAACACUAAAAUUGGACCACAUGGUUUACAAUAUUUAUCAAAACAUCUAGCGUUUUGUAAAAACCUCACAUUUUUGUCAAUAAAUGUUUCUAAGAAUAACGUCGGUAACUUUGGAGCUUCUUCUUUGGGAAAAGGUUUAGAAGAUCUUAAAAAUCUAGAAUACUUGAAUAUUGAUUUAUCAUAAGGUAAUGAAGUUAGAGUUUUAGGUGCUUAAAAUUUAGGUAGUGGAUUUGGGAAUCUAAAAAAUUAUGGUUUAAGCUAAAAAGUAUUUUUUAAAAAUUUAGUUUGA